AUGUUUGUGCCGACUUGUGCAAUAAUCGUGUGUAUUCGGGCCCGCAUUCCCUCAAGUGUCAAAAUAAGAUUUGCUCUGAAAAGAAUGGCAUCAAAUAAUUUCGAGACGCCAAUCGAAAUUGAUGGUUCUGUCCUUGAAGGAGGAGGUCAGAUUUUGAGAAAUGCUGCAGCUUUAAGCUGUGUGAGAUGCUGCCCAAUUCGAGUAUACAACAUCAGAGCUGGUCGGAGUAAACCAGGACUUCGACCUCAACAUCUCUCCGGCCUCAUACUGAUAAAUGAUAUUUGUGGAGGUCGAUUAGUUGGUGGAGAUGUUUCAUCACAAGACAUUGUAUUUCAUCCUGGUAAAGUGAAGUCUGGGUCUUAUUUGGCUGAUCCUGGUACUGCUGGGAGUAUCUGUCUGUUGAUGCAGGCUGCCUUACCCUGUUUGCUGUAUGGUUCUGGGGAGUCCCACCUGACCUUGAGGGGUGGCACCAAUGCUGACAUGGCACCACAAGUGGACUAUUACAACUAUGUAUUUCAACCUAUGGUUGCUAGAUUUGGAAUGAAGAUGGAUAUUAACAUCAAGAGAAGGGGUUACUUUCCAAAAGGUGGAGGGGAAGUGGAAAUCACAUCAUAUCCAGUAAAAUACCUUAGUCCAGUGAAAAUGAUGGAUGUUGGAAAGGUAGUAAAGAUCUCAGGACGUGCCUUUGUGGCUGGAGCUCUUCCAAUAAAGGUAGCAGCUAUAAUGGAGAAACAUGCAAAAGCUCUUAUACGUAAAGACUUGCCUGAUGUACCUAUAAGUAUAGAUGUGGUGAAGGAGCCUCCACAUAUGGCUGUUGGUACUGCUACAGGUAUCAUAGUAGUUGCAGAGACUUCUGAAGGAUUGGUACUGGCUGGAUCAGCACUAGGAAAGAAAGGGGUACCUGCUGAACAGGUGGGAGAGACUGCAGCUGAAGCCUUACUUAAUAAUCUGUGUCAUGGGGGUUGUGUGGAUGACUUUUUACAAGAUCAGUUAAUACUGCUGAUGGCUCUGGCUAAAGGAAAGUCGCAGAUAAAAUGUGGACCUUUGUCCCUUCAUACAGAAACGGCCAUACAUAUAGCCAAACUUCUAACAAAUGCAAAAUUUGAUGUGAAAGAAAUAUCAAAGACCUCAACUAUAAUUGAAUGUGAAGGAAUAGGACUAGAAAACACACAGUUAUGAUAAUCAUACAUGUUCUAAGAAACUUUGUCAGCAAGAGCGCUUCAUCUCAGGUGAAUUCAGUGCUGGUCUUAGGAAAAAACCUGAUAAGUUUCCUCCCUGCAAUGGUGAUAACUAGGAUAUAUCUUCCUGUUUAUCAUUACCAUUUUUGAUGUACUUACAAAUUAAGGCAUUGCAAAAUUUUUAUUAAAGUUUGUUUUCCAAUAUUUUAGCCUCCAAACUAUAACAUCGGUUAAGACUAGGGAUUUUUUGUAGUGAACACUCCUGGUGAACUGUUGAUAUAUUUAUGAUACAUGGUUGUGACUCUAAUCUUGUAAAGAAUAGGGUGUUUCUUCUGACUCUGAAAUUUUUAGAGUUCUGUUGAUGUAGAGCUUUUCAUUAUAAAAUGGCUAUAAUGUGUCCAUUCACUGAUAAGCUUAUUUGUUUUUGCAGUAGUACACUUUAAGGUCAGCUGUCUAUAAUAUCUUUGAAGGAUCAGAGAUGGAUGUUUUUGUUAAUGCUCUAAAAAUCUUAAUUCAAACUCAUAUUCGAUGAAACCAGGGAAAAAUAUGAGCAAAAGAAAGAUUUUCUUGAAGAUUCCUCAAAAAUACAAGGAGAAUGAGACGAAGGAUUCAGAAAAAAUUAAUGUUUUCUGCUUCAUUGAUGACAUGUAAAUCUUGGUUAAUCCAAAUAAGUAACAUCACGUUCUGAAAUAAGAACAAGGUAAAUAACAAUGGAACCACCAGUCAAAUUAAUGAUAACCAAACAUAUCUGAUUUCCCAAGGAAAUUAAAUUUUACAGCAUAGUAAUAAAAUCUUAAUAGAGGUUGUCUCAAGUUUUUCUUAUAGUUUAUUGCAAUAAAUGAAUAACACACCAAA